CUGACUGCAAGUGUUUGGCUUAGGUUUGGCCUAUUUGGCAACUACCAGCUCUUGGUGGGGAAGCAGUCACGUUGCAGAGACACGUGCCAGUGCAGCGAGCGACUGGAAAGCAGCCCGGAAUGUGAAAGUUAAUCAGCCGAAGAGCAACAGCUUUACAAACUGCACAUGAGGCAGUGAGGGCGGGGGGCGGUGGAGGGGGGAAAACACUAUGAAGAAGAGAGCAGCAGUACACGACGGAAUCUGUCCAUUCUGCAGCCAUCAGCACACAGCAGCAGGAUAAAUCCUCUCUCAGUCAUUCCCUGCUGCUGGGCAGCCUUUGAUAGGUGGUGAGGGAGGGAAACCAAACAUCUGGAUGUAAGCAAGACUCUUCUGUGAAGUUUGGAAGUGACAAGUGCCAUCAUUCUCCACAUCGGGGCAGCUGCGCCCCAGAUCCGUGCAGGAAAAGCAAGCAAUCCCUUGUGAGAGAGGCAAAAGUGACAAGCAGCGAGAGCCCCUAAAUGGAAUCGUUGCUCUGUACGCUCGUUGGUGAGCGGCAGAUUGGAGAGCAAAUGGAGUGGAGGCCAGUGAAGGCAAACCGUGUACGAAGGAACCUCUUUGGCCCCGUGGAUCAUGAGCAGCUGCAGCAGGACUUCCAGCAUAUGCUGCGCAGCAGCAUGGAGGGAGCCCAGCAGAAGUGGAACUUUGACUUCUUACAAGACAUACCAGCAGAGGGGCUCCUGCAGUGGGAAGAACUACAGAGCCAUGAUGUCCCGGCCUUUUACCACAGUUGUGUGGUGGGUGAGGCUCGCAAGCCUUUGAAGCCCUUGAACCAGGGUAUAGUCAAGGAGGUCAAGGCUCACCACUUUGCCACAGUGACACUGACUGAGCACCCCAAAGUUGCCAAGAAAAUGUCGGGCAAGAAGAGCCAAGCAGGGAAGAAACGAAGACAGACAUCCUUGACAGCACCCUUUUAUCCUCCAUAUCACCACCUCAACAGUACAUCAAAAUCUCCCAUCAACUCAGAAGAUCUGUACUCUGCUCCCUCUGGAACAAGAUGUGACUAAUCCAUGUGACAGCUGGAUUAGUCAUCCAGAGUGAUGCCUACCCCCAGGGACCAAACCCACUCUCUGUGCCACACUCCCCAACCUCUGUCAUCCCAGAGAGUGUGGACUAAACUUUAGACGGGUUCUGAACACAGAUUACCACUCAGCUAAGAAGCAAGUCAAAACUAACACUCAAGCUGCUGCAAAGAAUUUGGCUUUCUGAAACGAAACACAG